CGCAGCCGGCUAUAUCUCCAUGCAUCCUCCACUACUUUCCCUCCAUAUACCUCACCACGUCCUUCCUAACUCUCGCUUUCUCCCUCCGGCCUGCCCUCCUCCCGAUUGCUAACCCCCCAUCCUCCAUCACGGGCCGCAGCCGGGCGGCCGGCCGGCCAUCCCCUCAUUAUAUAUAGCUCUGAUCUCUGCAACCGCCACUCACCUGCCUUAAAGCAGCUACAACUCUCUAGCUAGUCGCCGAGCUCUCUAGCUAGCUCUUCUACUUGCUUCCACACUGAACCUAACGACUCUCUUAUCAUCAGUAGCUUGCUACUAGCCAAUAUAUAUUACUAGAUCGAGUAUGUCCAGCAGCCGGAGGUCACGCACGCGGCGGGCGGGGAGCUCGCUGUCGUCGUCGUCGUCGUCAAGGUCCAUCUCGGAGGACCAGAUCUCCGAGCUCCUGUCCAAGCUUCAGACGCUGCUCCCGGAGUCUCAAACUCGCAAUGGCGCGCAUAGGGGCUCGGCGGCGAGGGUGUUGCAGGACACGUGCAGCUACAUCAGGAGCCUGCACCAGGAGGUGGACAACCUCAGCGAGACGCUCGCCGAGCUGCUCUCCUCCGCCGAUGUCACCAGCGACCAGGCCGCCAUCAUCAGGAGCCUCCUCAUGUGAUCGAUCUCCGGCACAUAAAGCUCGGUGCGAGCGCAUGCACGGCCGCUAGAUCUCAGCAGGCAUGGCCUAGCUAGUUACCGUACCUUCGCAACUGCUCAUCAUUAGCUGCCCUGCCGCUGUCUAGCUACUAAACUACUGCUCAAGUACAUUAGUAGCUAGUGAGCCAUGCUUAGCAGCGUGUGGUUCUUGUACUUUGAUGUAAGCUUGCAUUGUGGUCGUCGUCUAUCUCUACCUCGCUCGCUUUCGAUCGGUUUGGCUGUUAAUCCAAGUUGGAUGUGAGAGGUUUUGCAAAUAAUGGGAGAUGGACAAACAAGCGUGAGGUUUCAAUUAUAGAAGAUACUACUACUACUUACUACUAGGCUAGAGGUUCAUGUUGAUGUACUUUGAGGUGGCUAAUUGGCUUUGUUUAAUGCAGUGGUGCUUUAAUUAA